AUGUCGAAUACUUUCAAAUUGGACAAACCAGAAGACACUGGCAUGGCCGAGGCAACAGAUGCCAUUCUGGAGACCAAGGCACAGUCUAAGCCAGUCAUCCUCCACUUCAUCGUGCUGCGCCCACCAAUCACACUCAUUGACGUGCUUCCAUUUGUGGCCGUAUUUGGAGUCUACUGCCUCGUCAUUCACACGAUUCUCGCCCUGAUCAAACGAGUCCAUAGACCAACCCACAAUGCCCUUGUGAUGUUCUUCAUCGUCGCAUUCCCACCCAUCACAAUGAUGGUGCUCCGUGAUUACGUCUUCAUCACGAUCUGGGCCCUCCUGAUGCUCUUCUUCGCCUACUGCGUCAGAAUUGGAUUCUCAAGGGGCCUCCUGGCCCACGAGAACCCUAAGAAGAUCUAUCGCCUCUUCAAGAAGAUCUUCACGGCCACAAACUUCCUGAUUCUCCUGAGCCAGGCGAUGGUGCUUCUGAGCCGCAUUCUGGGGACAGCCACGAUCAAAACGAGUCUGCGAUUCCUGAUCUAUUCCGUCUACUUUGGCGUAUUCUGCAGGGAGGUGAUGUUCAACCUGAGUCGCAUCAUGGCCCAGACCACUGGCUACUACACGAAAGACGACUCAAUUGCACCAGUGGCUGAUGAUGGAAGCAGAUGCAUGAUAUGCUCGCUAUCACUGCAGAACAAGACCAAAAUAUUCACGAACACCUGUGGCCACUCUUUCCACAUGGAGUGUAUCAAAGGAUGGGCCCUAUUGGCCAACAACUUCUUCUGCAUCUACUGUAAGAGACCGAUUGAUGAUACAAACAGACUCACUCGUGAUCUAUGGUACAAGGCUGAGAAUACGAUGAGACCAAUUAUGAACUUCCUUAGAUCCAGCAUAUCAUUCUUUGUGGUGAUCUACAUAUUUAUGAUGAUUAGAUUGAGGUAG